UGGAGCAACAGGGAUUCACAAAUUUCUUCUCUUUUUGCGAUUUCUCUUCUUCUUCGACCCAACCGACGAAGCGAAUUUGUUGUCUGUGGUCUCUUCUUUGUCUAAGGUUUUGGGUGAUUUAUUAAGAAGAUGGUGAGAAUCGUGAGAAGUUGUUUACAGUCCAUGUUGAAGCUCGUGAAUUCCCUACUUGGGAUGGUUGGGAUCGCCAUGAUCCUCUACGCUGUUUGGCUAAUUAGACAAUGGCAAGAACAAAUGGGAAAUCUUCCUUUUGCUGAUUCUGAUCACCCUGUUCCAUGGUUCAUUUAUUCAUUUCUCGGUCUCGGGGCCAUUCUCUGUGUUGUUACUUGUGCCGGGCACAUAGCUGCUGAAACUGUGAAUGGAUGUUGCCUUUACUUGUAUAUGGGAUUCAUCGUCUUGCUAGUUAUGGUUGAGGGCGGUGUGGUUGCCGAUAUCUUUCUAAACCGUGACUGGAAGGAGGACUUUCCUGAGGAUCCAAGUGGAGCUUUCCACCAUUUCUCUAAAUUCAUUGAGUCGAACUUCAAGAUUUGCAAGUGGAUAGGUCUCGCUAUUGUCUGUAUCCAGGCUCUAUCAGUUUUAUUGGCAAUGUUGCUCAAAGCUCUUGGACCUCACCCUCACCGUCAUUACGACAGUGAUGAUGAAUACAAUGUAAGCACAGUUGCACUCCUGCAGGAUGCUCGUCAGCCGCCUCCAUACGUUGUUGGAGAACCCAUGUAUGGAGCCAAACCGGGAGCUUGGACUGUUAGGUUAAUGAAAGGGCAAACCGGUGAGAGGUGUAAACAAAGAAGCUCUGAAAAGAAGAUGGGCAAAAGAAUCUGCUCUUUCCAUGUGCUCAUUUACUUUGGCUUCUUGUUUCUUUCACUAUUAUCUCUUGUAAAUCCUGUAUUCACAUAUACAUAUUGGAGAUAUUGUUCCUACAUGGCUACAUUAUAAAAAUUAUGUGAUGAAUGUAAAUCUCUCUCCACUCCUUAGGUUUAA